AUGGUGGACACCAGUGAGCAAAUCGUACACAGAUCGAAGGUCGCCAACCUUCUGGACCCCCGAGUCGCGAACAAUGUCGAGAAUAAAGAUAUCCGUGAGGCGGAGGAGGGGGCUAUCGGUCCUCACAAUACCAACAACCUAAAGAAGACACUACCGGACUGGGGAACAGAGCAGCGGCAAGAUACACCCCCCGAACACUUGAGUUCAGCGCGGCAUUACGGCAAGGGUGGAGCAUCUGGUCCGUAUGCCAGUAACAUCAUUAACAAAAUUGACCCAAGGGUGAAUUCCGGUAGUAAAGAUAAGGGGGCAGACAGGGGGUAA